UGUAUUAUAAUGUCUACGACCGGGACAGAAAAACAUUGCAGACUGUGUCUAAUGCUAAACAAAGGAGGAACAAAGGCAUGCUAUCAUCUCCUAUUAAAACGUGUUGAAGAACUUGGUCCAGUCGAUCAACAACCAUACCCAUGGACGGUCCAACAGUUUUUGGAAAGUAAACAGGAUGCAAUAAAAAAUUCGAAACUUUCAAAGGACAAGUUCAAUGUUCUUUUUCCAAGACACGGUGCCACUGAACUUACAAAAUGGGAUUUAUCCCUUUUUUGCAAAAUUCUAACAUUAUACUGCGACUUAAAACGUGUAAUCCGACUAGAUAUAGAACAAUUGUUAACACUACGGAACACUCUCUGUCACAUGAAUGAACCAAGCGUUACUGACGUACAGUUUAAGGAUUACUUAGAAACUAUACAAGUGACCGUGAGUCGAAUCAUGCAGGAUAUAAACAACCAAAUGGUGAAGUCUGAAAUAGAUAAGGACAUGGAUCAACUAGAAAAUGGACCUCUGGAUCUCAACGAAACGCUAAGGGAAAUGCGGACAUUCUAUUUAAUGGAGUUUGAUUUAAACAAAAAGUUGGAACAUGUAAUAGACGUAAAUGAAACUGUUUUGAAAAAAAUCGAAAAGCUUGACGACAGACUGGAACUCAUUUAUAGCAGGCCUGACUUGAAAGAUAGCUCAACACUAGUUGCAGCGAGAAACAAUUUCUUACUUCCCGGUAAGAUAAUUUUUUAUCGAUCGGAUAUUUUUCUGGAUCUCAUUAAUGUAAGUGAAGACGAAGAAACCAAAAUGUCCAUCGUCUUAGAACAGUUGUUUGAGGAGGAGAUCAAUAAAGACAAUGAUUUUAGAUGUAGCAUUCCUGCUGAAUCAUAUGUCAGCCUGAGGGAAGCAGUCAAAAGAACAUUUCAACUAUUCCUUUCGAAAGGCUGGAGAAUCACACAUACUAAACAUGCAUGCAUACAACUUCAUAUUAGAUGCACCAAUUUCAGAUCGCUUGCUGCCUUGUUUAGAGAACAAAUACAUGGACAUUUAGAUCACCAGCUUACAUAUCUAAACGAGGCAUUAAACGACUGCUUCAAUGGGAGAGAUUUGCGCUUAGAAACUACCAUUUAUAAAGACGAGUUCUGGAAUGUUAUAGAUAAAUCAAUUUCCUGUGUCGAAAAGUUUUUAACAAUGCACAAUAUCGACUGUGUUAACACAAAUGAUAACGAAGACAGUAUCCCCGAUGAUAGCAGACAUACUCUUUCACUAUCAGCAGAAAAAGUGAGACCCGAAAGUAGCGAAUCACCCGGAGCAAUAGGCAACAAUGACCUUGAAACUUGCCUACAGAUACUUAAAACAGGACUGAAGUCAGAAUUCUAUGCACCGCAUUUAUCUAUCAUAGCAAAUUGCUCGUCGAUUGUUGAUCAUGAAUCUUACAGUAGGUAUUUUAUUGAACAUUAUAAUGUGCUAUUAAUGAAUGAUUCUUAUGCGUUUGCCAAUAUAAUGAGAAUGUUAUCAUUGCGAAAUAUACGUUUUGCCGAAUAUGAAAAAGGCGAAUAUGUCGAGAGAAUCAUUAAAGGAUUGAGUUUGAAAGAGAUAGAGCCAACAACUGGGACACGUGUGAAACAAAAAGAACACAGUGGUGAAGAGAAAGAAAUUACGAGUCAGGCAAAAAUGGAUGUUUCACCAGCAAUACCCAUGGCGACUUCAGCAACGGAUGCGAUAGAAGCUUCUGAACUUAAUGAAAUUUAUACAAUAGAAUUUGGAAUAAUGGAAAAAGAAAUAGAGCAAACUGCCGCUCGUUUAAAUGACAGAGUUCAGAAAGUUCUUGAAACACUUUUAGGGUUAAAAGUUCCGGUGGAGCAGAUGAAGAAUCAGUCAAAGACUGCUUAUGAUCAUUUGCAUCAUUUACAACAGCUCUGUAAAGAUGAAGAACGUUUAUUGAAAGAAUGGCAACGCGAUUUUAAAGCCAGUGUUCCUUUGUGUCAAGAGGAGUUAAAGCAAAGUGAAGAAGCUGAAGAUGCGGAUAUAAAGGGUGACAAAAUAAAGUUUUCAGGAGCACACCUGACUGGUGACAAAAAGAGAAGGCACGCAAAGGAUAUGACUUUGAAAGAGUAUUAUG